AAUUUCCUUGAUGCAAGAUGUCGCUACCAACCGCGGUUCUUUCGCUGAUUGUUUUGGCUCAAUUUGACGCCGGAAAUUCUUCGCCAACCAACGAAUUCGAAAGUCUUCGCGGCUGCCACCAGUUCAACAGUCACUCCGGGUACUACGCGGUCCAUCCUUACUUCAACACGAGCACGUUUAAAAACAUCCAGACCGAUGCCAAAGGAGUGACCAGGCUGCGAAUUGGUGUUCUGGGUGACAAACACGCCGCCAUUCGGUUCACGUCGGUUCCAACGGGAUACACGGCCUCGAUGACGGAGAUUGCCUUGGCGUACUACGACAACACACGCACGGACAUCCGCAAGUAUCCACGGUCACUUCUGAGCACUGGUGCAACGUGGACUAAUCUGGGCGAGUUUCACGUGCCAAAUGUGAUGAACAUUUACAAACCGGUCAUGUUGACGGUCGCGAUUCCCCCGAACGGACUCGUCACCGUCACCAGAGAUGACGAAAAUGUGCCAUUUUUGCUGUUUAACGAUCCGUCGUUUUCCUUCAAGUUUAUCGGAUUCUGCAAGUGGGACGUUCCAGUGGUGUUUUUCUACGACUGUCCUUUGCUACAAAAGACGGGUUGCUGACUAGUGAGUAAGAUUUUU